AUGGUAAGAAUAUCAAUACCGACAUUACCUGCAGCACCUUUAGUCGCUCCAUCUGGAUUAUCGAUCUUACCAUUACCUCAAGCAGCAUCUCACUUAGCUAAAUUCCUGGAAAAUGGAAAGGGGAAGACCGUAAUGCUUACAGGAGCGGGAGUCAGUGUAGAUAGUGGAAUAAGAGCGUAUAGAGGUGAAAAAGGUACUUAUAGUAAUCCAAAUUAUAAACCUAUAUUAUACCAUGAAUUGGUAGAAAACAGCGACAGAGGUGAUAUGUUCAGACGACGAUAUUGGGCCAGAUCGUUUCUCGGUUACCCACCUGUUAGAGACGCACAACCGAAUCCUACACAUAUCUAUAUAGCUGCUUUACAACAUUUGGGAUUAGCACCUAAAUUAAUCACUCAGAAUGUAGAUAACCUUCAUCGAAAAGCAUUUUCCCUUCUCUCACCCAAAUACAAACAAUCAUCAAUAUUGGAAUUACAUGGUACUUUGGCAAAAGUUCAUUGUCUGAAACAUCGUCAUGAACAACCAAGAGAUACUUAUCAAGAAGAUAUAGCGAAUCUGAAUCCUGUUUGGAAUGAAGAAUCUAAAGAAGCUGAAAGGACAGGAAGACGUCCACGUACAAACCCAGAUGGUGAUGUAGAACUUCACGGUGUUGAUUAUAGAUCUUUUACUGUUCCACCUUGUAGAUUAUGUGAAGAGGAGAAAGAGGAUGCUUCGAUGGUUAAACCGAACGUCGUGUUCUUUGGAGAAACAAUCGCACCGGCAGUACGAGACGAAUCCUUAAAUUUAAUAACAUCAUCAUCAUCGUUGUUAAUCCUCGGCACAUCGCUAGCCACAUACUCAGCUUUUAGACUCGUCAAAUUAGCUAUAGAACAUAAGAAACCAGUGUUGAUGAUAACGACUGGACCUACAAGGGCAGAUCCGUUCGUUGGCAAAGGUUUAGAGAAAAUGGAUAGGAUAGCAGGGGAAGUUUUGGGCAAAUAUCUAGAUGAAGCUGUCAAGACAAGUACAGGUCAAGAAGUUGAAGAUGUGAAGAAAUACUUACAUACUGGAAUCGUUAAAAGACCUCCAGAGGUAGAAGGUCCACGUGCUGAAGGAUAG